AUGUGGACUUCGCAUGCGCGAGCAUGCGUGCCUGCAGUUGCUGUGCCAGCGAUGAUGUAUGGCGCGUACAAGUACCGUCCUGCAUACAUGGAACAGCAGCAGGUUCCAGCAUCUCCUCCGACAGUGCGGUUGCAAGACGCUUGCAUUGGCGCCAUGAUGGGUGCAGUGGUGGGGGACUGCCUGGGCGCUAAAUUUGAGUUUUCCGCAGGCCACAAGACAGUCGCGUACAAGCAGGUGCGUAACUACACCCAGAGGGUGAUGGACUGGGGAACUUACCACGCUUGGGUCGCGCCUGUCAAGUACACAGACGACACCGCCAUGACUACAUGCGUUGCCAAGAACUUGCUGAAGAACGGAACCAUCCACCCGUUUGAGCUUGCCAAAAGCUUCCGUGACGAAUUUUGUCGAGAUCAGUCUCGAGGCUAUGGGAAGGGGGUGAAGAAGUUGUUCCAGGAGCUCGAUGUUGAGAUGAAGGGUAAGCAUGCAUCGCUCUUUCGAGUAAAGGAGAUUGCAGGGCAAACUCAUGGGGGAGCUGGCUCUCAUGGCAAUGGUGCUGCCAUGCGAGUCUGUCCUGUGGCAAUCUUUGCCUUUAAAGCUCCGAAUUUGAUAGGUGUUCUGGCAGCGCGAUCAGCGGUGAUCACCCAUACCCAUGACGAUGCAAUGGAUGGGGCGACGUUGCAGGCUCAUGCCGUGAGCUACCUGUUGCGUGCAGCUCCCGCAAGUCAAGAUUUUGACCUGGAUGACUUCAUCUUUUUCUUGCGGUCAAGUGUCGAAAACAAGGCCUAUCACGAAAAGCUGACGCAGCUUAGGGAUCUUGUUCACAGGCACCUCGUGUUGGACCCGGUGCUGGACUACGACCGAUUUGCAAGUGAUGUUCAGUCUCUGCUAGGCAAUGGGGUCAAGGCAACAGAGGCCGUCCCUGCAGCUCUCGCAGUGUUUGCCAUCGUUGCCUCUGCUGAUCCUGAAGCAAAGGGAAACCAGCAGUUGUUCCAAAACGUGAUCGACUUGGCCAUUUCUUGUGGAGGCGACACUGACACAAUUGCAAGCAUGGCAGGAACCCUGGCUGGUGCGUGGUGGGGUGUGGAGGCCAUUCCUACAGGAUGGAUCAAGGCCUGUGAAGGAACGGCCGAGGCUGGCAGAUUGUCCGCCGAUCUGUUGCAAGCAGCGUCGGAGCUUUCUUUGCCUUGCACGCCGCGCAGCAAGAUACGCACAAAGUUUGGUCUCCCCGGCCUUGGUGCGCCUUCCACGCCAUCCGGAUCGCUCUGCGAGGAGUCAUCCCCAGUCCAAGGGGGGCAGCCUUUUGGCUUGACAGAUGCCGAGCAAGCAAGCAUCUUCCCCCAUGUAACACAGGCAAGAUCGGACACCCAUGCGAAGCCUGCAGAGGAGGACUGUGGCAUGGCCCAGAGACAGGCUGAAGAAUGGGACCACGAGGUACGAACUCUGCGGCAGCAAGUUCAGGAGCUCAGAAGGGAGACGGAGCAGCGGGAGAAAGAGAAGAAGGAGAUACAGGCUGCACUGAUGGAAGUACGAGUGCAGAAUAAGACUGGCUUGAUUGAUCAAGGUCAGUACCAAGCAGAUCUUCAGGCGCUGAACACGAAGAACAAGCAGCUUACAUCCGAACUUGAAGCUGAGCGAAAGAAGCCAACGCCUGUCAUGCCAUUGAAAUUCCAGCAGCAGAUGACCAAGAUCCGGUGGGUUGAUGUUUCAUCCAACGGCAAGGGACAGUUUGGCUGGAACGUUGACCGGGGCUUGUGGCCAGAGCUUGAACGUGCAUUCUGGAAGUUCAAAGGUGGAGGGGAUGCCGUCCUCAUGGUGGACUUCAAGAGUGAUCCGACAGCGUAUGUGUUGAAGGACACUUCCACGGGGCAGACAAAGAAGAUAAAGCCAAUGUUUAUGCAGAAUCCGCAAUGCAGAUUCCAUCAGUACCCACUGAUGCCGGGCGAGGUCGAUUGCAUACAAGUCACGGCGAGAGGAAAAACCGCGGGAGAUUGGGCUGAAAAUGAGUUUCGCACUGCCGAGUCUCAAUUCUUGCGGAUGCUGCAGGAGACAAAUCUAAUUGAUCCCGGAAAGGUUCGGGUUACCAUGGUCGAAAUCGUUCUCAUCGAUCCGGCUAGACGUGCUUUUUGGGACAGCGUCGAACAAGAGCGCAAAUCUCGUCGAUCGAAAGGAAUCAAGUGGGGCUUCCACGGGACGGAUGAUGCUGGAAUGGCUGGUAUCAAGCAAAACGGAUUCCAGACGCGUUUUGCUGGGAAAAACGGGAGCGUGUAUGGAGCCGGCAUCUACUUGGCUGUGCGACCAGGCCUUUCCAUGAGAGACUUUAUGCGCACAAGUUCGAAACAGCUAAUUCUGGCUCAGUACAUUGAUUCCAUCAGCGCCAAACACCAUCGUCAAAAUGAAUAUGGAGGUGCAGUUGUGAUCGAUAAUGAGGCACAUGUAUACCCGAAGUAUGUUGUGCAUUUCAAAGAGGUCUGA